AUGAAUGACUCUGAAGAAGAGACAACACAGCAGCUGAGCUCCCUGGAUGAGGAACACCUGAUAAACAGUGGCACCAUAUACUCCAUCAAAGGCUUCCAAUUUCAACCACCCUAUGUCCUCAAGAGAGCUGCAGUGCAUCUGUGCCAUGGGCAUGGCCUCUUCGUACAGCUGUUCUGCCUCACAGUCUCUGCUAUUCUCCUUCUGGUUGUCCUUGUCAAAGUGUCCAAUGUUGCCAACUCCCAGGAACAAGAACAAGUAAACAAGGAUAAGAUAUACCAGAAGAUGGCCCAGCUGAAGCCUCAAAUAAAACACCUGUGCCGCCCCUGCCCCUGGGACUGGAUGCCCUUCCAAGGAAACUGUUACUUCUUCUCCAAGUUCCAACAGAACUGGCAUGACUCUGUCACUGCCUGCACAAAAAUGGGGGCCCAACUAGUGGUCAUCAAAAGCGAUGAUGAGCAGAGCUUUCUGCAACAGACUUCUAAAGAAAAAGGCAAUGCCUGGAUGGGUAUGUCAGACCUGAAACAUGAAGGCACUUGGCACUGGGUAGACGGCUCACAUCUGCUGUUCAGUUUCAUGAAAUAUUGGAACGAUGGAGAGCCCAACAAUGAAGCGGAAGAAGACUGUGCAGAAUUCAGAGACAGCGGCUGGAAUGAUGUCCCAUGCUCAGCUAAGAAAUACUGGAUCUGCAAGAAGCCUGCUGUGUCCUGCACCAAAAAAUGAAAUUUCAUCUGUCUCUAGCACCUGUUGCCAAAAUGACCUUGCAGGGUGACUGAACUUAACCUACAAUUUAUGUAUGCCAGUUCCUUCUUCUGUGAACAUAAAGAUCCUAACUGCAGCUGUUUCCUCA